GCGCGCGAGGCCCUAGGUUCCCGGCGAGGAGGCCGCGGGAGCGCCCGGACCCGGCUCGCCUGCCCGGCCCCCGCCCGGCCCCCGCCCCGGCCCCGGCGGGGGAGGGGUCUCUGAACGCGGCCCCUCCCCCCUGCGCCCCCACCUGCGCUGCAGUGCCUCCACCCCGCGGGUCCCAGUCUGUCCGUCUGUCCUCGCCCAGGCCUCGCCCCACCCCGGCCCCCGGGGCUGCCUUGCCGCCCUCCCCACCGCAUCCGCCCCCCUCCCUCCGGGCCAGUCCCCGCCGCAGCCCGGGAAGCAAGCCUGGACCACGCUGCCCCAAACCCAGGGCCGGCACCCCGACAUCGGGGGGCCUGCACCCCGAGAUCGGAUCCAGAGAUCUGGAAACCUGAGCCUGAGACCCUGAUCUGGGGCUGGGACCCCAAGACCUGGAGCCUGAACACCUAAUAUCUGGGGCUGGAAUCUCAACUUCAGUCUCUGGAACCCCAAGACUUGGAAUAUGGACCCCAAAUUUUGGAGUCUGAACCUCAAGACUUUGCAUCUAAAACCCCAAAUCUGAAGCUGAACUCUGAAUUCUGUGCCUGGGACCUUGAAUCUGGGAUCAGAUUCCCAUACCUAUACUCUGGAACCCGCUAUUUGGGACCUGAACUCUGAGAUUUAGGCCUCAAAUUCCAAGAUCUGAACCCCGGUAUUCCAAGGGGCCUAAACCUGAGUUUGAGCCUGAAGUCCUUGCUGCAAACCCGAAUGCUGAAAUUGGAGGUCUCUAGACCUCCAAAUCUUGACUCAGCACCCCAAUAUCUGAACCCAGCACCCAAGUAUUGGAUUCCAGGACUGGGCUUGAGACUCAGACCCUAGACUCUUCAUUUGGCUGUUUAGCAUCCCAAGACCAGAGCUAGGAGACCCUCGCUCUGACCAACCCAAACUGGAGCCUGGGUCUCUAAAAUUGGCCCUUAGAAGCCGUGUAUUUGGAGAUCUAGGACCCCAAGUAUCAAGGUCUGCAGACUCCAUGGCCACAGAUCUUGGCUGAGACACAGCACAGUCCCUCUGCAGAGGCCUUGGGGACAGAGAAGGGAUGACCAGGCGCCCCCUCCAGAGACCUAGCCCCUGACCUCUUGGAGCCUGAGGACUCUGCUCCCUGGGGGGGGGCUUCCAGCUCAGGCCGCCCUGCCCGAAAUGGCCGUCCUUCCAUUGCUCCUCUGCCUGCUGCCGCUGGCCCCCGCCUCGUCUCCAUCCCAGCCAGCCGCACCCAGCCCGUGUCCCCGCCGCUGCCGCUGCCAGACGCAGUCCCUGCCCCUAAGCGUGCUGUGCCCGGGGGCAGGCCUUCUGUUCGUGCCACCCUCGCUAGACCGCCGGGCAGCCGAGCUGCGCCUGGCGGACAACUUCAUCGCGGCCGUGCGCCGCCGGGACCUGGCCAACAUGACCGGCCUGCUGCAUCUGAGCUUGUCGCGUAACACCAUCCGCCACGUGGCAGCCGGCGCCUUUGCCGACCUGCGCGCCCUCCGUGCCCUGCACCUAGAUGGGAACCGGCUGACCUCGCUGGGCGAGGGUCAGCUGCGCGGCCUGGUCAACUUGCGCCACCUCAUCCUGAGCAACAACCAGCUGGCAGCCCUGGCGGCCGGUGCCCUGGAUGACUGCGCCGAGACACUAGAGGAUCUCGAUCUCUCCUACAACAACCUGGAGCAGCUUCCCUGGGAGGCUUUGGGCCGCCUGGGCAAUGUCAACACACUGGGCCUCGACCACAACCUGCUGGCCUCUGUGCCCGCGGGCGCCUUUUCCCGCCUGCACAAGUUGGCACGGCUGGACAUGACCUCCAAUCGCCUGACCACCAUCCCGCCCGACCCACUUUUCUCCCGCCUGCCGCUGCUAGCCAGGCCCCGAGGCUCACCUGCCUCCGCCCUGGUGCUGGCCUUCGGUGGGAACCCGCUCCACUGCAACUGCGAGCUGGUGUGGCUGCGGAGGCUGGCCAGGGAGGAUGACCUGGAGGCCUGUGCCUCCCCACCCGCUCUGGGUGGCCGCUACUUCUGGGCUGUGGGCGAGGAGGAAUUUGUGUGCGAGCCCCCUGUGGUGACUCACCGCUCGCCACCGCUGGCAGUGCCUGCAGGUCGGCCAGCUGCCCUGCGCUGCCGGGCAGUGGGGGACCCUGAGCCCCGUGUGCGUUGGGUGUCACCCCAGGGCCGGCUGGUGGGCAAUUCGAGCCGUGCUCGUGCCUUCCCUAAUGGGACGUUGGAGCUGCUGGUCACUGAGCCGGGCGAUGGUGGCAUUUUCACUUGCAUUGCGGCCAAUGCAGCUGGUGAGGCCACCGCUGCUGUUGAGCUGACCGUGGGCCCCCCGCCACCCCCCCAGCUAGCCAACAGCACCAGUUGUGACCCCCCGCGGGACGGGGAUCCUGAUGCCCUCACCCCGCCCUCUGCUGCCUCUGCCUCUGCCUCCGCCUCCGCCAAGGCAGCUGACACUGCGCCCCCUACGGACCGUGGUGUCCAGGUGACUGAGCAUGGGGCCACAGCUGCUCUUGUCCAGUGGCCAGAUCAGCGGCCUAUCCCGGGGAUCCGCAUGUACCAGAUCCAGUACAACAGCUCAGCCGAUGACAUCCUCGUCUACAGGAUGAUUCCCGCCGACAGCCGCUCCUUCCUGUUGUCAGACCUCGCAUCUGGCCGCACCUAUGACCUGUGCGUGCUAGCGGUGUACGAGGACGGCGCCACCGGGCUGACGGCCACACGGCCAGUGGGCUGCUCCCGCUUCUCCACUGAGCCGGCGCUGCGGCCCUGUGGGGCCCCGCACGCACCCUUCCUGGGCGGCACCAUGAUCAUCGCCCUUGGUGGAGUCAUCGUGGCCUCGGUACUGGUCUUCAUCUUCGUGCUGCUCAUGCGCUACAAGGUGCACGGCGGCCAGCCCCCCGGCAAGGCCAAGGCACCUGCACCUGUCAGCAGCGUUUGUUCGCAGACCAACGGCGCCCUGGGCCCCACACCGGCCCCGCCUGCCCCUGAGCCUGCUGUGCCCAGGGCCCACACCGUGGUCCAGCUGGACUGUGAGCCCUGGAGGCCCAGCCACGAACCCACGGGACCCUAGCCUCGCACCCACCUCUACGGCCCUUCUGGCCCCAGGGGUGGGAGGACCCAGGCACCCUGUGGGACCUGGCCUCAGACUCACCAAAUUGCUCACGGUUUUUAAAACUCUGAUGGGGAGGGUGUCGGGGGCACCGGGGCACAACAAGAAAGUCCUAUUUUUCUAA